AUGAUUCCCCAGGAAAAUAUAGUAAAAAAGGAGGAAGGAUUUAUCAACGAGCAUUUACCUGAUCAUGUGUUUGGCAAUUCGAAGAAAAAUGAGGACAACGAAGAGACGGUGAAUAAGGUCUACAACAGAAAGGGAAGCGGGAAUUCAAUGGAACUCAAACAUUGGGCAACAUUCAAGAAGUUGGGAAUGGACCCGGGGAAUAAAAACAACAGAGCAUACCAGAGUGGCGUUCUUCUCUCUAAUUCCAAAAUGAAAAAAAAGAUCAAGGCAUUAAAGAGACUGGGGGGGAGUCUAAUUCCAAAAUUGGGACUUGAAGAUUAUAACACUCCACUGUCAUUCCAGGCGCUCUCAGGUUUGUCGAAUAUCUUUCAUGGCUUGUUGUCAGGCUGUGGGGAUGGGCAGAUCAUCCUACUUAACACCAACCACAACCGCAUAGACAGAGCUGACGUCGCUCUACAGCACCCUUCUUCACCUCAGCCUAAAGCCUUACCAGAUGGAGGAGAGAUUGUGUUGCUUGAUUCAUCAGAACAAAAACCAUCGGUGGGUUUUGAUGCUACAAACAACAGGGCAUAUCAGAGCGACGUUCUUGUGUCUAAUUCAGAGGAGAAAAAUACGGGAGAGCCAUCAAGGAGAUGGUGCAUACCUGAGGGUGUACUUAGUUUAGUUGAUUCAACGACAAGUAUAUCGUCGACUUAUUUCGAUGCUCCAGACAACAGUGCACAUUUUGAAAGGGAAUAUCAGAGUGGCCCUAUUGUGUUUAAUUCGGAGAAGAAAGAUACGGGAGAGGGAUUAAACAGAGAAUGCUUAACUAAGAGUGCACUUAGUUUAGAUGAUUCAACAAAACCAAGGUCGUUGCCGGAUUUUGAUGCUACAGAAAACAAAGCGGUGAAGGUCUACACCAGCUGGGGAAGGGGUUGUUGGCAUUCAAUGGAAGAACUCGAACAGGGGACAACGUUGGAGGAGUUGGGAAUGGACCCCGAAAAUGAGGGCAUAAUUGCCAUUAAAGAUUUUGUUCAAUGGGCUGGGAAGCUUCCCGAUUUCAAGACUGAGUUGACGUUCUCAGGUUUAUUGAAAAUCAUUCAUGGCUUGUUGUCGAGCUGUGGGGAUGAGCAGAUCAUUGUACUUACCACCAACCACAACCACAUAGGCGGAGUUGACGUCACUCUACUGCGCCCUUUGAACAUUGAUUUAUACAUUCACACGUCUUCACCUCAGCCUAAAGCCUUACCGGAUGGAGGAGAGAUUGUGUUGCUUGAUUCAUCAGAACAAAAACCAUUGGUGUAUUUUGAUGCUACAAACAAGAGGGCAUAUCAUAGCAACGUUCUUGUGUCUAAUUCUGAGGAGAAAAAUACGAGAGAGGCAUCAAGGAGACAGUGCAUGCCUGAGGGUGUACUUAGUUUAGUUGAUUCAACGAUAAGAAUAUCAUUGACAGAUUUUGAUGUUCCAGACAACAGUGCACAUUUUGUAAGGGAAUAUCAGAGUGGCCCUAUUGUGUUUAAUUCAGAGAAGAAAGAUACGGGAAAGGGAUUAAACAGAGAAUGCUUAACUAAGAGUGCACUUAGUUUAGAUGAUUCAGCAAAACCAAGGCCGUUGCCGGAUUUCAAUGCUACAGAAAACACUGCGGUGAAGGUCUGCGCCAGACGGGGAAGGGGUUGUUGGCAUCCAAUGGGAUUCGAACAACGGAUGACGUUGGAGGAGUUGGGAAUGGACCUGGAAAAUGAGGGCAUAAUUUCUGACUUGUUGAGAUUUGUGAGGGAUAGGGAGGAGUUGUACAAGGACGCAGGCAAGGAUUGGAAGAGGGGUUACUUGUUGUACGACUCUCCCAGUACUGAUAGAUCGAGCUUAAUCGCUGCCAUGGCGAACUUUCUUGAAUUUGACAUCUAUCAUUUGGAUCUUAUGGGUUUGACCACCAUCUCGGAACUGACGAAUGUGCUGGUCUCCAUCCGGAAUCGCUCCUUAAUUGCUAUUAAAAAUUUUGAUCGCUGUUUUGCGAUGCUUCCCAAUCUCAUGAAUGAGUUGACGCUCUCAGGUUUGUCGAAAAUCAUUCAUGGCUUGUUGUCGAGCUGUGGGGAUGAGCAGAUCAUCGUACUUACCACCAACCACAUAGACAGAGUUGAUGUCGCUCUACUGCGCCCUUUGAACAUUGAUUUAUACGUUCACACGUCUUCACCUCAGCUUAAAGCCUUACCAGAUGGAGGAGAGAUUGUGCUGCUUGAUUCAUCAGAACACAAACCAUCAGUCGAUUUUUAUGCUACAAACAACAGGGCAUAUCCGAGUGACGUUCUUGUGUCUAAUUCAGAGGAGAAAAAUAUGAGAGAGGCAUCAAGGAGACAGUACAUGCCUGAGCGUGUACUUAGUUUAGUUGAUUCAACGGCAAGAAUAUCAUCGAUGGAUUUCGAUGCUUCAGACAACAGGGCACAUCUUGUGCGGGCAUAUCAGAGUGGCCCUCUUGUGUUUAAUUCUGAGAAGAAAGAUACAGGAGAGGGAUUAAGCAGAGAAUGCUUAACUAAGAGUGUACUAAGUUUAGAUGAUUCAAGCUUACAAAAAUCGUUGUCCGAUGGUGCAGUUACAGAAAAAAAAUCACAUCUUGUCAUAGCAUAUCAGAGUGGCCCUGUUGUGUCUCUUUCAGAUGAUAAAAAUAGGGGAGAGCCAUUAAAGAGAGAAUGCUUCAAUAAGAGUAUAUUUGGUAUAGAUGAUCUUCAACAACAUUCUGGUGGUAGACGUGAUGAUGCAGCAAAGAGCUUUUGCGAGGCGAGGAUAAUUCACAUUUUUUCCUCAUCAGAACAACAAGCAUUUGAUGCUACAAACACGCAUCUUGUCAAGGCAGAUGAGAGGGGCCCCACUGUGUCUAAUUCAGAGAAAGGAUGUACGAGAGAAGCAUUAAAGAGAGAUUGCUUAACUAAUGCACUUAGUUUAGACGAUCUACAGCAACAUUUUGGUGCUAGACGUAAAGAUGCAGCAAAGGGUCUUUGUGAUUCCCCUCCAUGGAAGUCAUUCGAAGUUCUAGAUAGGCUUCCUCUUGGGGAAAGGUCUAACAACAUUAGGCAUUUAGCCCGGCAGAGAGCACUAACGCACACGCAUUGUGUACGACUUAAGAAAUCACAGGAUCUGCUACGAAGUCUGCAAAGGGACUGCUCAGAAGGAUUGGCUUCUCAGUCUGAUAUCGGCUUACCAGAUGGAGAGCACAUCCUAUCUCUCUUGAAGAAGAAAAUUGUGAGAAAGACAUUAAAGAGAAAGGGCAGAACUAUGAGUGUACUUAAUUUAGAGGAUCACCAACAGCAUUUUGGCAGGAGGUGGGAAGAUGCUGUGAAGUUCCUUGGCGCGAAGCGCAUCUGUAGGCAGCUUGUGAUCCAUCGUGAAACCACAGCAAAGCGAAUCCGUAGGCAAAUUGGGGCCCGUCGGUGGCUGUUUAAACAAUCAGCUAUCGGCUUUCCAGAUGGAGGACACAUCCUAUCUCUGUCAAAGAAGAAAAUUGUGAGAAAGACAUUAAAGAGGAAGUGCAGAAAUACAAGUGUACUUAGUUUAGAGGAUCAUAAACAACAUGUUGACAGGUGGUGGGAAGAUGCAGCAAAGAGCCAUGGCUCGAAGCGCAUCUGUAGGCAGCUUGGGAUCCAUCGUUUAUCCUCCGCAAAGGGCAACCAUAAGCAACAUGGGAUCCAUCAGUGGCCAUUUCAACGAAAAUGGGCAACAAGGAAGGGGUAUUCUUUGGGAGAAGAAAGACCAUUUGAAGUUAGGCCUCUAUCUAUGGAUGAGACACUUGAUUCAAGGCUUCAAUUGAUCCAUGUGUCCCAGUUUGCUAGAUCUUCACCUCGGGCUUUAGCCUUACCAGAUGGAGGUGAGAUUGCCAGGCCUACAGCCUUAUCAUCAAGUGAAUUUGCUGCGACAAACAACAGAGCACACCUUGUCAGCCAAGAUCAAAGCGGCUCUACUGCAUCUCAUUAUAAAUGUAAAAAUUCAAGAGAAAUGUCAGACAAACAAGGGUUAGAGGAUCUCCAACAACAUUUUGGCUGUGAACAUAAACAUGCUUUGAAGAGCCUUGGUGUUAGUGGAUCCAUGUUUAAGAGCACCUGUAAGCAGCACUGGUUCUAUUGGUGGCCGGGUCGGUUUGAAAACAAUGAUUCCCUUGUAUGGAAGUCAUUCAAGGUACAAGACAAUCUUCCUCUUGGGGAACAGUCUAACACCCGGCGGAGAUCACUAACACACAAGCAUUGUGUACGACUAAAGAAAUCACAAGAUCUGCCACGAAGUAUGCUAAGGGACUGCGCAGGAGGAUUGGCUGCUCAGUCUGAUAUCGGCUUACCAGAUGGAGGGCACAUCCUAUCUCUCUCAGAGAAGAAAAUUGUGAGAAAGACAUUAAAGAGAAAGUGCAGAACUAUGAGUGUACUUAGUUUAGAGGAUCACCAACAGCAUGUUGGUAGGAGAUGGGAAGAUACUGUGAAGUUCCUUGGCGCAAGGCGCAUCUGUAGGCAGCUUCUGAUCCAUCGUGAAACCACAGCAAAGCGCAUCCCUAGGCAACUUGGUACCCGUCAGUGGCUGUUUAAACAAUCUGCUAUUGGCUUACCAGAAGGAGGACACAUCCUAUAUCUUCCAGAGAAGAAAAUUGUGAGAAAGACAUUAAAGAGGAAGUGCAGAAGUAUCAGUGUACUUAGUUUAAAGGAUCACAAACAACAAGUUGACGGGAGGUGGGAAGAUGCUGCGAAGAGCCAUGGCACGAAGCGCAUUCGUAGGCAGCUUGUGAUCCAUCAUUUAUCCACUGCAAAGCGCACCCAUAAGCAACAUGGGAUCUAUCAGUGGCCAUUUCAACGAUCUACUAUCAGCUUACCAGAUGGAGAACACAUCCUCUCUCUUUCAGAGAAGAAAAUUGUGAGAAAGACAUUAAAGAGGAAGUGCAGAAGUAUGAGUAUACUUAGUUUAGAGGAUCACAAACAGCAUGUUGACAGGAGUUGGGAAGAUGCGGCGAAGAGCCAUGGCACGAAGCGCAUCUGUAGGCAGCUUGUGAUCCGUCUUUUAUCCACCGCAAAGCGUAUUCGUAGGCAACAUGGGAUCCAUCAGCGGCCAUUUCAACGAUCUGCUAUCGGCUUACUAGAUGGAGGGCACAUUCUAUCUCUUUCAAAGAAGAAAACUGUGAGAAGGACAUUAAAGAGGAAGUGCAGAACUGUGAGUGUACUUAGUUUAGAGUAUCACCAGCAUCUCAACAGUAGAUGGGAAGAUGCUGUGAAGAGCCUUGGCGCGAAGCGCAUCCGUAGGCAACAUGGGAUGCAUCAGUGGCCAUUUGAACAAAAAUGGGCAACAAGGAAGGGGUAUUCUUUGGGAGAAGAAAGACCAUUUGAAGUUAGGCGUCUAUCUAUGGAUGAGACACUUGAUUCAAGGCUUCAAUUGAUCCAUAUGUCCCAGUUUGCUAAAUCUUCACCUCGGGCUUUAGCCUUACCAGAUGGAGGUGAGAUUGCCAGGCCUACAGUCUUAUCAUCAAGUGAAUUUGCUGCGACAAACAACAGAGCACACCUUGUCAGCCAAGAUCAAAGCGGCUCUACUGCAUCUCAUUAUAAAUGUAAAAAUUCAAGAGAAACGUCAGACAAACAAGGGUUAGAGGAUCUCCAACAACAUUUUGGCUGUGAACAUAAACAUGCUUUGAAGAGCCUUGGUGUUAGUGGAUCCAUGUUUAAGAGCACCUGUAAGCAGCACUGGUUCUAUUGGUGGCCGGGUCGGUUUGAAAACAAUGAACAAGUAUUUGAUGCUAGAAACAACAGAACACAUCUUGCCAAAGCAGAUCAGAGGGGCCCCACUAUGUCAAAUUCAAAGAAGGAAAAUACAAGAGAGGCAUUAAAGAGGGAAUGCGUAACUAGUAGGGUCCUUAGACACUUAGUGCGACAGAGAACACUAACACACAAGCAUUGUGUACGAAGAAAGAAAUCACAAGAUCUGCCACGAAGUCUGCAAAUGGACUGCUCAGGAGGAUUGGCUACUCAGUCUGCUAUCGGCUUACCAGAUGGAGGACACAUCCUAUCUCUUUCAAAGAAGAAAAUUGUGAGAAAGACAUUAAAGAGGAAGUGCAGAAGAAUGAGUGUACUUAGUUUAGAGGAUCACAAACAGCAUGUUGACAGGAGGUGGGAAGGUGCUGCAAAGAGCCAUGGCGCGAAGCGCAUCUGUAGGCAGCUUGUCAUCCAUCGUUCAUCCACCGCAAAGCACAUCCGUAAGGAACAUGGGAUCCAUCCGUGGCCAUUUCAACGAUCUUUUAUCAGCUUACCAGAUGGAGGACACAUCCUACCUCUUUCAGAGAAGAAAAUUCUGAGAAAGACAUUAAAGAGGAAGUGCAGAGGUAUGAGUGUUCUUAGUUUAGUGGAUCGCCAACAGCUUGUUGACAGGAGAUGGGAAGAUGCUGCGAAGAACAUUGGCGCGAAGCUCAUCUGUGGGCAGCUUGUGAUCCAUCGAGUGUCCAUAGCAAAGCGCAUCUAUAGGCGACAUGGGAUCUAUCAUCGGUGGCCAUUUCAGCAAGACUGGGCAACAAUGAAGGGAUAUUCUUUAGGUGACGAAAGACCAGUUCAAGUUAUCAGUCUAUCUACACUUGCGAAACUUGUUUCGAGGCUUCAACUUAUCUAUAUAUCCUGGCUUGGUAGAUUUUCACCUCGGUCUUCAGCCUUACCAGGACGAGAGAUUGUGGAGCCUAUAGCCUUAUCAUCAAGUGAAUUUGCUGCUACAAAGAACAUAGCACAGCAUGUCAGACAAGAUCAAAGCGGCUCUGUUGCAUCUGAUUCUAGGAAUGAAAGAACAAGAGAACAAGAAGACCCCGAAGAGAUAUAUACUAGUAUUACUUCAGAUGGUCUUCGACGACUUAAAGGCAGGAUGAACCGUGAAGAUGCUGCGGCAAGCUUUGGCGUUAGCGUAUCCACAUUUAAACGCAAAUGUAGGGAUUACGGGAUCGAUCGGUGGCCACAUGUUAGGAAAAAAAAAGUCGGGAGACCCCCCGAUCAACAUGGAGAAGGGAAUACAUCAACCGCACGCAAGACGCCAUCACAUAAUGUGCAAAAUGGGAUGGAGGGUGAACUGGGUGGUCAAAAUCAGGAGGCAAAUGUGUUACAACGAGAUUUUAUGGGAGGCCUAAUUGCUUUGAACACAGAAAGUGGUUUAAUAACAGUCGGGAGACCCCCCGAUCAACAUGGAGAAAAGAAUACAUCAACCGCAUGCGAGGAGCCAUCAAAUAAUGUGGAGACUAGGAUGGAGAUUGAACCUGUUGGUCAAAAUCAGGAGGCAAAUGUAUUUCAACGAGAUUUUACGGAAGGCCUAAUUGCUUUGAGUACAGAAAAUGGGUUAAUAACAGUCGGGAGACCCCCCGAUCAACAUGGAGAAGGGAAUACAUCAACCGCACGCGAGACGCCAUCACAUAAUGUGCAAAAUGGGAUGGAACUGGUUGGUCAAAAUCAGGAAGCAAAUGUGUUACGAGGAGGUUUUAUGGGAGGCCAAAUUGCUUUGAACACAGAAAGUGGUUUAAUAACGGUCGGGAGACCCCCCGAUCAACAUGGAGAAAAGAAUACAUCAACCGCAUGCGAGGAGCCAUCAAAUGAUGUGGAGACUAGGAUGGAGAUUGAACCCGUUGGUCAAAAUCAGGAGGCAAAUGUAUUUCAACGAGAUUUUACGGAAGGCCUAAUUGCUUUGAGUACAGAAAAUGGGGUAGUAACAGGGAGUUCCUUUGAACGGGCAAGUCAAGUGAAUGAUCAAUCAACUUGGUCCACUCCUUAUCCAAAUCACGACGCUCUUGUACUUCACCAGCCUCAAAUAACAUCGAUGCUAAGUGAGAACAGAGGUGGUUCAAUAGAUUGGAGGAAUUCUUUGGCUUCACAAGCAGAGCCUUUUUCAGACAGACACAUCUCUGGAUCUAGUAAUUUGGCAUUUCCUACAUGGUCAGAUCAAGCAGCUCCUAGUCAACAUGCUGAAGGUCAAUCAGUGCAGUCCACUGUUUACCCAGAUCACUAUGCAGUCCACCGUUUUCCGCAGGGACAUGUCUUUGAAUCUAUUAACUGGAAUGAGCAUACGAAUUCUUUAGCUUUGCAAGCAGAGCCCUUUUCAGACAAACAAAUAUCUGGAUCUAUGUGGAGACACCCUGAUCAACUGGAAGUUCAAACAAAGCAGUUCACUGCCCAUCCAAAUCCAAAUGCUCUUGGGCUUCCACAGUUUCAGAUAGCAUCGACCCAGGUGCCAAGUGCGAACGAAGAUAGGAGAAACUCGUUAACUUCACAAGAUGAGGCCUUUUUUAUGGGACGUGUCUCUGAGUCUAGUAAUUUGGCAUUUCCUACAUAUUCUGAUGCAGCAGCUCCUAGCCAACCUGUGGCUACUAUUCUCAUAGAAAGGCAAGAUACGAGGUCCAUGAAGGUAAAGGCAACAUAUGGGGAUAGCAUAAUAAAAUUCCAGCUCCCUCUCACGUCUGGAAUUAAGGAACUGAUGCAAGAAGUGUCAAAGACACUGGACUGGGAGCUUGGUAGUUUCAAUGUUGAUUACAAGGAUGAGGAUGGGGACUGGAUUUUAAUGGCCCGUGAUGAUAAUGUAAGUGAGUAUCUGCAACUUCUCACGUCAUUAGGAAAUCAAGCAACCAAACUAAAGGUUCGUGAUAAGGUUCCCAAUACCACGAAUAUUUGUGAAACCUGCGGAUCAUUGAAGCAGCAAAGACCAUAGUUGUGUUUAGUUCUAGGAAUAAUAUUACAAGGUUGAUGCCAAUUCCACGUUCCUUGUGUAAUGAAACAUUUCCUUGCCAGAUUUUCCCCUCAAACCUGCUAAAUUAGAAUAUUUCCGGUAAUGCUGCCUUCGUAGGGACUCUUUGUUUUGGCCUUGGUUUUACCUGAAUUUAGCCAGUGAUAUCAAUGCAUAAAUCUCAUUCCAUUGAGUAUCUUUUAUAUCA